AUGGCAACGCUGUGUAUAUCUGCCGUGAUCUGGGUCAGCCUGAAUAUUCAACCGAAUGAAGUUGAUUCACAGGUUGUUGCGCAGUGGCGCGCAAAGCUGGACAGCCAGCGCGAAGCGAUGCAGAUCAUCGAACAAAAAAGUCUGGCACAGAGCGCGGCGGUUGGUCGUCAAUUGGCUCAGAUGCAGGCUCGUCUGCUGCGCAUGGAGGCGAUUGGCGCCCAUAUGGCUGAAGCGGCGGAAUUGCAGGACGGUGAAUUUGAUUUCAGUGCAUUGCCGGCUCAGGGUGGUCCUGUUGAAGGUGGGCAAACGGCGCUGCAGUUUGAUGACCUCGCGGUAGAGCUCGAUCGACUGUCGUCAGCAAUUAAACGUCGUGAGUUCGAGCUCGAUGUGCUUGAUGAUGUGUUGGUCAAUGAAGAAAUUCAGACCACGUCAGUCGUCCGGGGCCGCCCCGUGAAGUGGGGAUGGUUAUCUUCACAGUUUGGACAGCGUGUCGACCCCAUCACCGGUAAAACUGCCUGGCAUUCAGGUGUCGAUUUUGCAGGUAAAGAUGGAUCUGAUGUGAUUGCAGUCGCCAGUGGCGUUGUCACCUUUGCGGGCAAACGAUCAGGCUACGGCAAGCUGGUAGAAAUCAGCCACGCCAACGGCUAUGUUACGCGCUAUGCUCACCACAAAGAACUCACUGUUGAAACGGGUGAAGUGGUCAAGAAAGGCGAAGCGAUCGGAAAAAUGGGCAGCAGUGGUCGCUCCACUGGUCCUCAUGUGCACUUCGAAGUGCUGAAAAACGGCCGCACUGUUGAUCCCGCCAGUUAUGUUACCCGGCGCUCCUGA